AUGACGUUCAAUGCACACACAAAAAGCCAGCACAUCACGUGCCCGCACCUGGGCAGCAAAACCAAGGCGGUGGUGGACCGGCUCAAGGUGCUGGUGCCAUACGCAAAUGUCUGCCGACACCGGCAGGCGCUCCUGCAGGGGCGACGCGGGGCAGCAGCCAGCGGCGGCUCAGAGAACCGCGAGGCGACGCCGGCGACCGGCUCAGGCGACGGCGACCGGAGCCGCAAGCGGCUGGUGGACGAGAUGCCGGCGCCGUCGUGCUUCACGUGCCACACGCCGGCCGACCGUCUGCACGCGUGUCUGUCGUGCGACUUUUUUGGGUGCUGGCGGCGCGGGUCGUCGCACAUCAAGGAGCAUCUGCGGGAGAGCAACCACGUGUUCGCCAUUGACUUUGCGCGGCUGGAGCUGUUCUGCAACGCCUGCAACGACUACGUAUACGACCAGGCGGUGACGGGGUGGCUGCGGGGCGCAUACAUCCGGUGGUACGCGGCGCUGUGCGAUGCGGCCGAGCCCGAGGCCAAGCGGCCACGGAUCGUGUCGACGGGCUCGGACCUGUCGCCAGCCCAGGCCAAGUAUCUAAGGGACCACGGGACGGUGGGCCCGUGUGCGGGCGUCCGCGGGCUGCACAACCUGGGGGCCACGUGCUACCUGAGCGUAGUGCUGCAGGCGCUGCUGCACAAUCCGCUGCUGCGCGGGUGGAUGCUGAGCGACGGCCACCACCCGAGCAAAUGCCGCGUGGGACGCGUUGGCUGGCUGCGGUCACGGGCGCCGGGUACCGGCGAUGCGCAGCCGGUGGCCGCCGAUGGCGAUGCCGCGUGCAUGGCCUGCGAAUUGGAGGGGGCGGUGCAGGCGGUCCAUGCGCCGGGUGCCCGGGCCCCGGCCUUUGGGCCGGUGGGGCUGCUGCGUGCUCUGUGGGUGCUGCGUGGCGACCUGGCCGGUUACGGACAGCAGGACGCCCACGAAUGCCUGAUGGCCGUGCUGGACGCCCUGCACGUCGGGUUCACUGACAAUGUGCUGGCGGCUGGCGAGCUGGAGGGCCGGGACGCGCGGCCAUUGGCCAGCCGCCUGGCGCAUUCGCAUGUGACGCCCUGCCCCUGCCUGGUGCAUCAGGCGUUUGCGGGCGUCCUACAGAGCACCGUCACCUGCUCUCGCUGCGGCACCACCACCCACGCCCACGACCCAAUGCUGGACAUCUCGCUGGACAUCCCUGCGCACGUGCCGCGCCGUGAGACGUCGGGCGGGCUGGUGCCGGCACCACCCGUGACCUCCACAUCCUACCGGCUCACCACGCCGACGUCAUUCACAGCCCGAGCCGUAGACGCAGCACUGACCGACGAGCCGCGGCGCCGCACGCAGACGUCAGCGUCGCACGGGUCGCAUCCGGUGGUGACCCUGCAGGACUGCCUGGCGCACUACACGCGGGUGGAGCGGCUGGGCGCCUACCAGUGCGCAUCAUGCAAGGCGGAGGCGGCAGCGACCAAGCAGCUGAGUGUCAAGGAGCUGCCGCCGAUCCUGGCGUUCCAGCUGAAGCGCUUCGAGCGGACGCGUGCGGCGGCAGCCAAAAUCGACACGUUCGUGCGGCUGCCGCAGCAUCUGGACAUGACUCCCUAUACGGCGGCAGCCGUGGCCGCCCACAGCCUGGCGCUGUCGGGCGUGCGCUCAUCCAACGGCAACAUCGUCAGCAACACCGGCAAUGCACUGCCCGAUACCCUGGCCGGCAUCUCCCUGCAUGAUCUGGCCAGGCAGCCGCCGGCCGACAUGCCCAAGGACACGCCGGUGCCCAUAGUGGACGGGCCGGGUGGCAGCGCCGCUCUGGGGAAGCGCCGCACCGACGCGACGCAUUCGAACCCGGCCUGCCAGUACUCGCUGUUCUGCGUCAUCGACCACUUGGGCCAGAUGGACACCGGCCACUACACCGCGUAUGCGCAACACCGCGGCCAAUGGUACUUGUUCGACGACGCGCAUGUUUCGCGCGCCGACAUCCGCGACGUCCUGGCCUUUGCCGACGACCUGCGCGCGCGCCAGGGCCGCACGUCGCGCGGCCGCGCCUACAUGGCCUUCUAUGCCAAAACCGUCCUUGACUACCACGACGGCGCCCAGAUCGGCCCCGAGCGCCUGGUCAGCGCCUCCGCCGGCUCCAGCAACACCAGAAUCUCUGCCUCCGGCGAGUGGAUCGAGGAUGCAGGCGUGGUGAGGACCCGCGUCAGUGCCUCCGGCGAGGUCAGGGCGGAGAGGCGCGGCAGGAAGAAGGGCUCGGCACAGCCCAAGAAGCGCGGCCGCCCCAGCAAGGACGUCCUGGUGGCCAAGGGCUCCGUGCAGGGACCGCCCAGUGCCUCCAGCGAUUCCGACGGCGAGGCACUGUGGGCGCGCAUGGAGAAAAGCAAAGGCGAGCUGGUGCCGAUGGCCAGCGAGCCUGUGAGGUUCGACCCGCCAAAGAAUGACUAUGCGAGCGAUGUGUCUCUGUAG